CCGCACGUGACACCCGCGAGCCAACGGAGAGCGGCCUGCCUGCCCUAUAAUCCUCCGCGGCGGCGGAAGCGGCCUCUUUUCCGCCCGGGCUGCUCGGCUCAAGAUGGCGGUGCAGAUCUCCAAGAAGCGAAAGUUUGUGGCUGAUGGUAUCUUCAAAGCUGAACUGAAUGAAUUCCUGACUCGGGAGCUGGCUGAAGAUGGCUACUCUGGCGUGGAGGUCAGAGUUACCCCAACCAGGACAGAAAUCAUCAUCCUUGCAACCAGAACUCAGAAUGUUCUGGGCGAGAAAGGGCGCCGUAUUCGUGAGCUGACUGCUGUUGUCCAGAAGCGGUUUGGCUUUCCCGAGGGAAGCGUUGAGCUGUACGCUGAGAAAGUGGCCACGAGAGGGCUGUGCGCUAUUGCUCAAGCAGAGUCGCUGCGUUACAAGCUUCUGGGGGGCCUUGCCGUCCGUAGGGCGUGUUACGGUGUCCUCCGCUUCAUCAUGGAGAGUGGAGCCAAGGGCUGCGAAGUGGUGGUGUCGGGAAAGCUCCGUGGCCAGCGAGCCAAGUCCAUGAAAUUCGUGGAUGGCCUGAUGAUCCACAGCGGAGACCCCGUCAACUACUAUGUCGACACAGCUGUCCGCCACGUCCUCCUCAGGCAGGGUGUGCUGGGCAUUAAAGUGAAAAUCAUGCUUCCCUGGGACCCAAGCGGGAAGAUUGGCCCCAAGAAGCCCUUGCCAGACCACGUCAGCAUUGUGGAGCCCAAGGAGGAGAUCUUGCCCACCACCCCCAUCUCGGAGCAGAAAGGCACAAAGCCAGAGCAGCCCCCCAUGCCGCAGCCCGUCCCCACGGCAUAAGGGGUUUAAAAACAUCUGGAACAAAGAGUUUGGUGUCUUGUACAAAUAUCUCUUUAAUAAAAUCAGAAAAAGACAACA